AUGACUGACGACUCCCGUCGACACUGGCACGGCGAUAUCGGAAACCGCCAUGAGCACCAGAAUGCCUGGGUGCGAGGCGGUAUCAUGCAGAAUAUCUUGCGUCCGGUGUGGGCUCCAAAUGAACCCGAGAAGGACCGCCGAGGCUCUGAUUCCUCAACCAUGUCUGCCGUGUCUUCUGCCUCUGCUGCCAAUGAGAGCAGCAACAGCCCCCCAAGCGUUGCGGACAAGAGAAGACGCUCCAGCGUCCAUGGCUCGGGCCCUCUCUUCCAGAAUCUCUCGAAUCAGAAGCGUAACUCCACUGAUGCUGACGCUGCAUCGCGCAGAGCCAGUUUCAUGGAGCAGUCGGAGAAAGGCGGCAUGCUUUCCAAGUGGUGGGAGGGCUAUACUAGAGGUCAUUAA